UAAGGUCUAGGAGGCUCUUUAAUGUAGACUGUCCUCAUCACCACCGGGAGGCAGCAAUGCAGGAACACUGCCUAGUCUGCAGGGAAUGGACGGAAGAAGAAGAAAACUGCCGGAAUUCUACAAGAAGAAGAAGAUAAAGACGACUACGGUUUAUAUGUUACCCAGCUAAAGACCGGGCAUUCAGCGAAGAGAAGCCGUUAGUUGGAUCCAAAUAACGGCAGAGCCCCCGAGGAGUUAGCUAGUUUUUUACUUAGACAUGGACCGACACCGGAAACAACAGGAGGUGGUUUUAAAACCGGAAACGAAGCUGCUAGGAGCAGCUUUACCUUUGGAUGUCCAGAAAGUGAUUGUUGGUGAAGAACAUCAGCACGAGUGGAGCUCUAGCCUGGACCAGGAGGACACAAAGCCCCCACACAUUAAAGAGGAGCAGGAGCAGCUUUGGAUCAGUCAGGACCGAGAGCAGAUUACAGGGCUGGAGGAGGCUGAUACAAAGUUCCCAUUCACUGCUGUCCCUGUGAAGAGUGAAGAUGAUGAAGAGAAACCUGAGCUCUCACAGCGUAAUCAAAGACAAACUGUAGAGAUAAACACAGUACCUAAUGGUGAGGACUGUGGAGGACCAGAACCAGCCAUUGACAGUUUGCAUUCACAACCCGAUAAUGAAGACAAGAAUGAAGACUCUUCUGAACCUGAGACUGAUGACAGUGCUGAUUGGAAGGAGACCAGAGAACCUCAGUCAGGUUUAAACUCUCUAAAUAAUGAAGUCCCGGUCUGUGAUUCAAGAUGCGGUACUGGUGAGAAACCAUUUAGCUGCUUCAAGUGUGGGAAAGGUUUUGGCACCAAUGUACAUCUGAAGCAAGACACAGGAGCCCAUACAGAAGAGGAACCAUUUAGCUGCACAAUUUGUAGGACGUCUUUUGCAUGGAGACAAGAUUUAAAGACACACAUGACAAUUCACAAAGGAGAGAAAUCCUUAAGCUGCUUGGUCUGUAAGAAAGUUUUUAUAGAAAGUGGAAAUUUAAAGACACACAUGAGAAUUCACACGAGAGAGAAACCCUUUAGCUGCUCAGUCUGUAAGAAAGCUUUUACAGACAGGGCACAUUUACAAAGACACAUGAGAAUCCACACAGGAAAGAGACCAUUUAGUUGCUCAGUCUGUCAGAAGGCUUUUGCAAUGAGUGAAAAUUUACAGGCACACAUGAGAAUCCACACAGGAGAGAGACCAUUUAGUUGCUCAGUUUGUAAUAAAGCUUUUAUACAGAGUGGGCAUUUAAAGACACACAUGAGAAUCCACACAGGAGAGAAACCGUUUAGCUGUUCAGUCUGUAAGAAAGCUUUUACAGUGAGUAGAACAUUACAUAGACACAUGAGAACCCACGCAGAAGAGAAACCAUUUAGCUGUGAAGUAGAGUCUAGUCUUAAAGGAGAGCAGAUCCUCAGUCAGGUUUAAACACAGAAAUGUAAGUCUUUAAACACGGUGCAAGAUGUAAUACUCUAGGUCCGUAACAAGUGUAAAAUACAUAAGUUAGAAUUUUAGACUUUAAAACAGACCUGAGAAUUCUAUUGCCCGCAGGCCACAUCCGGCCCUUUGGGUGGCACUAACCGGCCCGCAUGAGGUCAAUGCGAAGUUAGCAAUUAAACGGAAAUAAGUGUACAUCAUGCAAGGAAUACGACGGCAAAGCUUUUAUUUUGAAGGCAACUGUUAUUUGUUGUUUAUUG